AGAUCGUCGAAACAUCUACACUUUUUUGUUGAAAUCAUGUAAUGAUUGAACACAUUUGGCUCGUGCUUUUUGAAACUUUUGCGCAUUUUUGAUGCUAGCUCAGAAGCAUUUUAUAUUAUUAUCUCUUGGCUUUUGGUUCUAAAAAAUAUUUUCAGGGAAUUUUCUCCUUUUUCUUAUUUUUUCAUCUUGAUUUAUGUCAGAAAUUGAAAUAUUGUGAAACAGGAGUGAAACAUAUUCCAAAAAAAUUAAUAGAUAUAGCUCUUGAUUGAGUUUUCUACAAGGUCGCAAAGGUUACGCACUUGUGCGCCACUUUUAUUUUUUGUUGACGUUCUCCUCGCCGGUCUUCCCUUUUACGUGAAGCCCGGGUGUUGUUGGGCGUUGUGAGAAAUUUGACGUGCAGAAAGCCCCAGUGAUACCACAAUGGCCGCCAAGGAGCCUCUGCGUGUGUGCGUCACCGGCGCCGCCGGCCAGAUCGGGUACUCGCUGCUUUUCCAGCUGGCCGAGGGCAACGUGUUCGGGCGCGACCAGCCGCUGAUCCUGCAGCUGCUCGACAUCACGCCGUGCCUGCCGGCGCUGAACGGCGUGGUCAUGGAGCUGCAGGACUGCGCGCUGCCGCUCAUCCGCGACGUCAUCGGCACCGCCGAUCCGCUGGUCGCCUUCAAGGACAUCGACGCCGCCUUCCUGGUGGGCGCCAUGCCGCGCCGCGAGGGCAUGGAGCGCAAGGACCUGCUGGCCGCCAACGUGAAGAUCUUCAAGGAGCAGGGCGACGCGCUGGACAAGGUGGCCAAGAAGACGGUCAAGGUGCUGGUGGUGGGCAACCCGGCCAACACGAACGCGCUCAUCUGCUCCAAGUAUGCGCCGUCAAUCCCCAAGGAGAACUUUUCGGCCAUGACGCGGCUGGACCAGAACCGCGCGCAGGCGCAGGUGGCUGCCAAGCUGGGCGUGCCGAACGGCUCCGUCCGCGGCUGCAUCAUCUGGGGCAACCACUCGUCGACGCAGUUCCCGGACGUGUCGCACGCCGAGGCUGAGGUGGACGGCCGCUGGGUGCCCGUGCCGGAGGCCGUCAACGACCAGCAGUUCCUGCGCGGGGAGUUCAUCACCACCGUGCAGAAGCGUGGCGCCGCCAUUAUUGCCGCCCGCAAACUCUCGUCGGCCAUGUCGGCGGCCAAGGCGGCCUGCGACCACAUGCACGACUGGUUCGCCGGCACGCCGGCCGGCCGCUUCGUCAGCAUGGCCGUCUUCUCGGACGGCUCGUACAAGACGCCCGAGAGCAUCAUGUACUCGUUCCCCGUCACCAUCGAGAACGGACAGUGGAAGAUCGUCCAGGGCCUCGCCAUCGACGACUUUGCCCGGGAGAAGAUGGACGCCACGGGUAAGGAGCUGUGUGAGGAGCGCGAGGAGGCGAUCGCCGCGUGCGCCUGAAGGUCCGGCCGGGUCCUCAGCGGUCUGUAGCCUCUGCCGGGGGCCCGGCUGCGGCGGCCCGCGCCGGCGCCGGCAGAGUGUGUGCUGUAGCGCGUCUCCCGUGUCGGUGAGAGUAGAGCGUGUGCGGCGCGCUGGCUGGCGGCGGCGAACGAGGCUGGCAGUACGCGUCUGGCAGUGCCCGUCACCCCUACCAUCGAAUCACACCCGCACUGCCAGUCAGGGAUGAUUUGGAAUUAUGUUGAUGCACACAGAGGUCUUUUUAGAAAAGUGAUAUUGUGAUGUUGAUUGCUUUGGAAAUUUCUUUUACCACUUGUUAGCCCCCGAUGGACCAGAAAUACACGGAGGGAAAUAGUC